CGAUCAGUGAUGGCUUAACUAGUGAUGAGGGAGGAGGGACAGACUGAUUUUGGGAUAAAUCGUGUUGGAUUAGCAACAAAAUGAGUUUGAAUCGAGAUACUUUAAUUCACCUAUUUGCUGGAGGGUGUGGUGGGACCAUGGGAGCUGUAGUCACAUGCCCUCUGGAAGUGGUGAAGACGAGGCUGCAGUCAUCCACCUUUGGCAUCAUGAGCAACCUGCCUCCACCUGCAGCGCAACAGCGAGGCUCUACCACAUGCACAACUCUACCCCCCAUCCAUAGUCGGGGAGGUAACACACGAAGACUGUGUACCAGUGCCAUCAAGACUGGCACACAAGUCGUUCACCUAUCGCAGCAGCUUCCCAAUCCACGACCUCAUACGUUGUCACUCUUCCAUUGCCUGAAAUACAUCGUGGAGGUUGAAGGUCCACGAGCGCUGUUUCGAGGACUUGGGCCCAAUUUGGUGGGCGUGGCUCCAUCCCGGGCCAUAUACUUCUGUUCCUAUUCGCAAAUGAAGAAAUUCCUUAACAAUCACUUAAGCUCAUCCGAUACCCCUCUUGUACAUAUCCUUUCUGCCUCAUGGGCUGGAUUUACAGCAUGUACAGCUACCAACCCUAUCUGGUUUGUGAAAACACGCUUACAGUUGGAUUACGCUCGUUUAGGUCACAAAGUGUCUGCCCUUCAGUGUAUCCGUCGAACUUACCGGCAACAGGGAAUUCCUGGAUUCUACCGUGGAAUUACAGCAUCUUACUAUGGUAUCUCCGAAACCGUUAUUCACUUUGUUAUUUAUGAAGCAAUCAAGGCAAAUCUUGCAGCAUAUCGGCAAGGAAACCCAAACCAUCGGUCUGCACGUGAUUUUCUGGAAUUCAUGCUUGCUGGGGCGACUUCCAAAACCAUUGCCUCUUCAAUCUGCUAUCCACAUGAAGUGGCAAGAACAAGGUUGCGAGAGGAAGGGUCUAAAUACCAUGGCUUCUGGCAGACUCUUGGGCUGGUGCUACGUGAGGAAGGCUGGGCUGGCCUGUAUAGAGGCUUAGCAACGCAACUCAUCAGACAGAUCCCUAAUACAGCUAUCAUGAUGGCAACCUAUGAAGGAGUAGUAUAUGUGCUUACGAGGCAUUUUGGCGAUAGCAACGAAUUUUACGAAGAUGAUGACGAAGACUACACUUUUGAGGAGGAGGAUUAGUCCUUGAUGCUGUUUUAAUACAGUUAUUCUUCCUUUUCUUCCUUCUUUUUUGUGCUCAUAUAUAAUUUUUCAUCUUUUUUUUAUUUAUUUAUUUAUUUAUUUUUUUUUUUUUUUUAUUGACGUAAGUUGUGAUCCUCACAAUUAAUGCCUUUGUUAUCACUAUUCUUGUAACUACAUUAAUAUUAUUAUUACUAUUGUUGUUAUUAUUAUUUUUAUUAUUAUUCCAUCUUUACUCUUCUCUUUUUUCUCUGUUUCCUUGUUCUUUACUGGGAAAGUACUUGGACUGCAAUAGAUUUACAAUGAUGCAGAUAGAUUUAGGGGUCUAACAUAGUGCUAUAUUGUUUUUGUUGGUUUUGAUUAAAAGCCUGCAUCAAGUUGCAGCUCUUGGUUUUGUUCAAGGGAAAGAGAUUGAAUUACCAAGUUUUUGAAGAUACAGUUUAUUUGGUUGUUGUUAUUAUUAUUAUUAUUUUACAAUUAAUGUUAAUAUUGUCGUUCUUAUUUUUGUCUUAUUAUUAUCAUUGUUAUUAAUGUCAUCAUUGAUUUUUAUUAUUUUUUCUAAAGUAUUGAGAAUUUGGAAUUAUAGACAUAUUUUUGUGACUAAUAGAGACAUUUCAUUUACCAUUUUGGUCAAUAAGGUUUUUUUUUUAUUUUAUGGAAUGAGAGGAUCAACAAGUUUGUACUUGUGUUAUUGAAUUGGUAGUACAGGCCCUAUUUUUUUUUCUGUGUAGUUGUAAUGUAGUCUCUUUUUGAGGUGCUUUACCAGUUGUUCCUAAUGAUAAUGGCAACAUUGCAUAGUGAGAUAUACAUAUGUUUAUAAAUUAUAUAUAUAUAUAUAUAUAUAAACACAAAACCUCUUGUGAUGAUUUCUCAAUGUAAUAUUUAUUUUUUACAUUGAGUAAUUCCCCGUUUACUAUGGUGAAGAUUAUUGUUAAGAAUGGUUUGCAUAUCAUACGAUAUACACUAAUCUUUGCUGUAGGGAAGUAGUGAUGUGAAGGUUUUCAAGUAGAUGAGAGGUUUUAUCUUAAAAUUUUCUUCCCUAGAAUGUCUGUUCUUGUUUGUGAACAUGGUUGAUUUUAUGCAAUAAUGUUAAAGUGCCAUGUUUGUCUUCUUUCUUCUUUUAUUUUAGACAGAUGUUAUCAAAGAGACAACUCAAAAUUUUGUAUAUCACUGCUGAACUUCAGUAUAAAUGAAGUACUUAUGCAAGUGUGAUUUUUUUUUUUUUUUCUAAUCUUUAUUUAUUAUCUUUUUUUUGCAGUGCUGUUUAUCCAAUAGCUAGGUUUUCUUUUUAUUUCUUUUUAUAAUCCCUUUUAAAAAGGGACUGCCAUUUUCAGAGUAAGACUAUAAGGAUAUAUGCUCGAACAUAUGUGAAUAUCUCCUAUCUCCCUUCCUCUCUUUUUUCCUCACUGUCUUCCUCUCAAGACAUUUGUCCUCAUUUUGGAGAGAAGGCUUCAUAGAUGGAAUAACCAGUCCGUAAUUACCAUGAGAUGUUAUUCUGUCUUGUUGCAUGGAAAAUACUCACCUAUCAUGGCAAUGAUUUUAAGACCAAAUGUGCAUUGUCGAAAAGGAAAUGAAAAGAAUCCCCCUCUCCUCUCCCACUUCCUUAGAGGGAAAUAGAUAAUGCAUUAGCACUUGCUGAAAGAGUAGGUGUGUUUUCCUUGUAUCCUCGUGUUUCUCAAAAAUCAAAUGCUAAUUUAGAGGUGUGCCUUUUUUAUUGGUAUUCAAAUCAUUGGAUUGUGUACUAAAGACCAAAUGUUUACAGCUAUUGUAAAAGAUUUUUUUGAAGAGAGAAAGCAAAAAGUGAUUUUGAUUUGCCAGUUGCAAAUUAUACUCUUUCAGAUUUAUUUUGAUUAUCAUUAUAAACUUUUUAAUUGCUUGUUCUGGCUCAAACAUUGGUAUCAUAAAAUCAUAUUUGCAAUAUAUAAUAUCUGACAUGAAGAAAUGUGGUGAAUAAUGGUAGUCAUAAAAAACUUAAUAAAUAAUAAUUAAUCCUUUUUUUUUUUUUUUUUUUUUUUUUUUUUGGUUGUCUUAUAUUUAUGCCUGGUUGAUUUUUUUCUAACUUUCUUUCUUUCUUUCUUUCCUUUAGUUCUAGUCGCACAGAGAUGUGGCUGUGAAUGUGACAUAGGAUAAUAAUAAUUUAAGUGAUAAAGUAUUGAAAAUGUUCUGAAAUGUCAAUAUUUUUCAUAGAUGAGUGUCUUUGUAUAAGAUAUAAAUGUUUUGGUUUACAUCUGGCUUAUUGUAGAGGAGAAAAAUUAUUUUUUGAAAAAACGUAUUGGUUGUGAUUUCAAAUAACAUUUUAAAUUACAGCUUUUCAGCAUCUCAAACAGAUAAUUCUGAUUGUCAUGUAUAUGGAGAUAAAAAGUUAUGUGAAUCAUUCUUUCACAUACCCUUUUUAUUGUCCAAUUUUAUCAAAAAGUCAGUUUUCAAGAGAAGCAUGCAUGAAAGCAUUAAAGAACCUCAGUAAUGUAGAGUGAUUUUAAGAAAAAGUAAAUGCUUAAUCUACUAGUCUUUACAUAAUCAGGAUGUUUGUGUACAGGUGUAUGAUAUAUGGAUGCAAUUUUGUAUUCUCACAAACUAUUCCUAGAAUACUUCUACUUAUUUUCUGUAUAAUAUGUAUGAAUGCAAUCAUGUGUAGCCAAUUAAGGAGUGUCUUAGUUACACAUUUACUUUGUUUGCUCAACAGUGCAGGUGUAGUGAUGAUUCCAGUUUAGGUUAGUUAUUUAUAUUUGUGGCUUAACCACUAGAGCUUUGUUCCGGCUAACACAGAUCUGACCUGCUCUUUGGAAUCUAGCCCAAUAGAUAUAUGUUGCAGUAAAUAGCACAAGCCUGCUUCAAUAUUUACACGUAAUGUAUGUUUAUGAAACCCUGCUGAUUUGUUGAGAUUUACUGUUUGGUCGAACUAUUAGCUUCUGGUUAAGCUGAAUGCUGGCUGUAAAUGUGGUUUCUGCGCAGUCUGGAAAUCUCUUGGUCCCAGUGAAAUUUUGAAGUGAAUUACUACUGCAAAAGGAUUUACCUAGAGUUUAGGGAUCCUUUUGAAAGUCUUCUGUAAUUACAAAUCAUUAGUUUGUAUAUAUGUUUGUUUUGAUAUUGUUAGAAAGGGAAGCAAUGGAAAUGGAAAUUAGUAAUAACCAUGAAUUAUUAUUUUCUAAUUUUGGCAUAAUAGAAAUGUGCACAUAGUUGUUGCACAAGAUGAUUAUCAAUAACUAUCAACAUUUUGUGAAGGUUUUCCUCUACGGUGUUGUUGGUCUUCUAUAUUUCUCUCUCUUUUUAUUUUAUUAUUAUUUUUUUUUAAUGUAGCAGCAUUACGGCAUGCACAAAAAACAUCUUGAUAAAUGUAAGAGAGAGAGAGAGAGAGACAGAGUCAGAAAGAUGAAUUUAUUAAUCAAUAAUCUUCCAGGGUUAUAGUGAAAGGGUUAAAGAAAAAUCUGUCAUAUUUUCCUAACGCAUCUUUUGUGUAUUAAGAAGUGCAGCUGUCUGGAAUUCCCAGAUGUGUUCUUUAAUGAACGUGUAUAUUUUCUGUUAUUCUUUUUUCAUCAUUCUUUUAAUUUCUUAGGUAUUUAAUUGUCUGCUUGUGGUUAGGGUGUAAGUGUGAGUGCUCCUCCCUCCCCCUCCCCCUCUCCCACUCCCACUCCCACUCCCCCUCCCCCUCCCCCUCCCCCACUCCCCCUCCCCCUCUCCCUCUCCCUCUCCCUC